AUGAAUUUGUCUCUACAUGACCCAUUCACAUUAGCGCAAGACUCGCCUGAAGCAUUGGUCAAUGAUCUACGCUCUGGCCAUGCCACGACACUCAGGUUCAAUCGCAAAGGCGAUUAUCUCGCGUCUGGACGCGUCGAUGGCAAACUGGUCAUCUGGGACAUGGAGACGAUGGGGGUGGCUAUGAAGCUCAAUGGACAUUGGAAGCAAAUACAGAGUAUAAGCUGGUCACAUUGUGGACGCUACCUUCUCUCCGCCUCUCAAGACUGCCGCGCCUGUCUCUGGGAUCUUCAAACACAACGCCGUCUCCGUACCGCUAAAUUCGCUGCCCCAAUCUAUCUUGCUGAGCUCCAUCCUUCAAACCACAACCUCUUCGUCUGCUCUCUCUUCGAAGACCAUCCAUACCUAGUCGACCUUACCAACGUCGAUCCAAUCAAGUACCGUCUCCCUACCAAACCCAUAGACCAAGAUGACACCGCCGCCAAGCAACAGACCACCUCCACAGUCUUUUCUGUACAAGGCAACCACAUCAUCUCUGGCACCUCAAAAGGGUACAUCAACAUCAUCGAGACCGCAACCCGCAAAAUCAUCCACUCGACGAAACUAUCAUCAGGUCUCAUCUCCCUGAUCCGUCUAACCACAAACGGCCGCCAAAUGCUCGUCAACAGCACAGACCGCAUUAUUCGUGUGGUCGACAUGCCAGACCUAAGCAUCAUCCGCCCCAUCGACUCGAUACCCUCUGACCUAGCACACACCACCGCCGACUCACCACCUCAAGAUCCCGAUCACGACCACGAAGAUAACAUGAUCAACCCAGCCACACUUCCGUCCUACAUCCACCUUCACACAUCCCACAAAUUUCAAGAUCUUGUCAAUCGAUUGCGCUGGAACGAUACAGCGUUCAGCCACAUCUCUAGCGCUAGUGGCUCUGGAAUGGCUGACUAUGUUACGGCCUCGACGUACAUGAAGCGAGACAUCUACAUCUGGGAACUAGCUUCGAGCUCAUUGCUUCGGAUUCUGGAAAAUGCGCAGGAACCUGCGAUCAUCGAGUGGCAUCCGACGAAGCCGUUGCUAGCGUGUACUGGAAUCGAGACGGGCAGUAUUCAGAUCUGGGGCAUUGAGCCGCAGCAGAAGUGGUCUGCGCUUGCGCCUGACUUUACCGAAGUAGCAGAAAACGUGGAAUAUGAGGAACGAGAAGAUGAGUUUGAUACCUUACCCUCCGACCUUCUCAAACGUCAACGCGAAGAUGCCGAAGACAGCACCGUUGACGUCUUGAACAUCACAUCGACUUCGGAUCCUAACGAGCUGGACACAGCGGGCUCGCGUGGUGGUAGAGAAGAGCAGUCUUUCGUGCUUCCUAUGCUCUACGAUAUCGAGGACAGCGAGGCGGAAGACGCGUUGAUCAAGUUGACGGCUACGACGUACCGGAAGAAGGACGUUCACGAAGGCAAGGACUAUGAACUGGACCAGCAAGAGGCUACGCCCAGACGGGGUGAAGCUGCUAGAGUAGAUGGAAAGGCUGGACGGAAAAAGUAA